AUGUCAAAUUCGAGAAAACACAAUGAUUCUCAAGAAGCAACAGAAAAUAGUCCAUUGCUUCUAGAAGGGUCAAAUGAUCUUACUAACCAAGAAUCAUCGUCAUACAUACAAAAUCUUCGAAAACCUCAUGUUCUAUGGAUGAUUGUCUUUAGUUUCACUUUAUCAACUAUUAUGACUUCUAUGAUAGCGCCUUUAGUGCAAGUUGUCUUGAAUAUUGUAUGCCUAGAGUAUUAUGAAUCAAAUGACAAUUACGUGAAUAGCGCGGAUGUUUUUUCCAAAUCGAUAGAGAAAGAUUGUAAAAUUCCACAAAUUUCCGCAUUGGCUUCACAUCGUUACAUUUCAACACUCUCAGAUUUUAAGGGUCGUAGAUUUGUGUAUAGAUUAUCAACACUCGGUAUAAUGUUCGCAUGUUCUAUUGUAAUUUUUACGUCUAAUUAUCUGAAAAUUGUUGGCGGCAACUUUUUAUUUAUUGGAGCAAUUAUCGAAGGAUUACUCGGAGGUGUGAUUGCUAUAAACACGGCAUGUCAUGCUUAUAUAAGCGAUUGUACUAAACCUGAAAAUAGGAGUGUUGCAUUUGGAUUUAUGCAUGCCUCAGCAUAUAGUGGAAUGGCACUUGGUCCAGUGUUAGGAGGUAUUAUUGUUGAGGCUACGGGAUCAGCACUUUCAGUGUUUUAUGUGGUUGUUGGUGCACUCUCUAUAUUUUUUAUUUUUGCAUCAUUUAUACUUCCAGAAUCACUUUCGCCAGAACUACGUCAUCAAAACGAAUCUUCAACUUCUAUACCAUCUCCAAAAUAUAUAUUUUCAGCUUUGAUUAUUCUUAAUCAAACACCUAUAUAUUCUGGAAGCAUUAGAAAUAAUAUAUGGAAAAGGAAUGCGCUGUAUAUUCUUUCGAUAAUUUAUUUUAUAUAUAAAUUGUCACAAGCUGGCCAAAAUGAUAUAAUUGCACUAUAUACAACACAAAAGUUUGGCUGGUCAACUUUAGAAAACGGAUUUUUUUUCACUCUCCAAGCAUUAACCCGAUUUAUGGCUUUAAUAGUCCUCUUACCUUUGUUUCGUAUUUUACAAGGAAAAUAUCAGACUUCAUAUUCACGAACUCUAGAUCUUACGAUGAUGAGAGCUGGAUUAAUAAUGGAAGUUGCCGGAUUCGCGUUAUAUGCCAUUGCAAUAGUACCAAAUAUGUUUUACUUUGCUUGUGUGGUAAACAGUUUAUCCACGAUAGCAACACCAGCAGUCAGAACUUUAUUUACUACGUUUGUCUUGCCUACACAAGCAGGACAAAUAUUAGGUGCUUUGAGUGUUAUCGAAAGUGUGGGAA